AUGCUUUGUAGACAGUUCACAACUUCGGCUGCGAGGGCUGCUACAAAGAAAAACAACCUUUUCAAUGCGUUGUUUAAACAAAAGCGGCCGCGACCACGGAUCCCGCAGACUGAAGAUGAAAUAAUGGCGCCGCUGCCGCCUAACACGGCCAAAGCGGCCUUCUCGGGCACUCCGCCUCGGCCCGCCAAUAAACGGCCGCCAAAAAUGGUGGAGGUAACCCGCAAGCAGGGAUUGCGAGGAUUGCUUUCUAGUAUUUUCAAGACAGACCAGUCCAGCCAUCGAACGGCCCAAAGAUUUCGGCAGGAAAAGCUCUCGAAUAUCGGUCUUAACCAAGUCAAGUUUCUCAACACGGAUUCCAUCACAAACAUUCUUUAUUGGUACACAGUGGAUAUGAAGUUCAAUCAGAGCGAUUUUCAGCGCUUGUUACCCGAUAAAAACUUGCGUGUCGGCAGUUACGAUCCCCAAUUCGAUACAAUUGACAUCGAGGUUCACCGCGCCCGCAAUCCUGUGAAUUUGACCCGCUGGAUGGGCUAUUUUCUAACUUUCAAGUCAAAGGAUGCGGCCAUGGUGUAUUAUCAAGAGACUCUUGGUGCAGAGUUAUGUGGAAUGCCAUUGAAACUGCGGUUUGUCGAGCCCUCUAUUAGAGGUUAUACCAGUCCCUUGCUCGACAAAGCUCCGGGCGUUUCACGGCAUAGCCACGCCUUGAUUCUUGGUUUGCCCGUAGGUUACUCUGAAACAACAAUCUUGAGAGUGCUGUGGGACUACGAUCUUAUCGAUGACGACAAACUAGCUGUGCAGCGAGUCCCCGUCGAUCGGGUCAAGUACGGCGGCAGUCCGUUCGUUCUGCGCUUCAAGUCAGAAGAAGAAGCCGACCGUUUCGUCAAGGACUACAACCAGCAAAUAUUCCCUUACACAUCUUCCCGUGUUUUAUGUGAAGUUGUCGACUAA